AUGGACAGAUCUCCGACCAUACACAUAGCUCUGCUGAAGUCAGGCUGGCUCUGGAGACAGACAUCCAUCUUAAAGCGGUGGAAGCUGAAUUGGUGUGACCUGUGGAUCGAUGGGAGCCUGGUCUUCUACAAGACGGACAGCAGGCGAGAAUUUGAGCACCGAGUGGGUCUCAAGACCAGCUGUGUGAGCGUCAAGUCUGGCCUGGAGAGUGCAGGUCUCUCUCCCCCAGAGAACCACCCAAGUGAGAACAUGGUGGUGGUGCAGCUUAGAGAUGGCUCCACUGUGAUCCUGUGUGCCAACAGUGAGGACGAGGCACUAGCAUGGAAGUUGACAAUUAUAGAGGCGAGACGAAACCCAUUCCCGUAUGACCCAUACGACGACUCGUACCAGUCCGUCCCAAUGGACGGCAACAACACCAUCUACCUCACCCCUGGAUCAGGUACGCACCACAUACUGAUCCAGAGAGACCCAUACGACGGCAUAGGACAGCAGGUGGCACUGGGGCUACUGGCGGGCAUGGCGGCGGGUGCUGCCAUGCGCUCCUUCCUCUGGAUGCCCUUGUUCUUCUGUUGAUAGAGAAGGUCUCUGAUCUGGACCAGGCUGCUUGCUUGGCGCCCUCCCCCAGUGCGCUAGCUCCAUGAGCAGGGAGGCACGGUUGGGAAAUGCCCAGGCUGCUGUAGGCAUCAUUCCUACAAGUCUUAUUAUUGUAUUUCACACACAAUUUUUUUCCUGUUGCAGAAUAAUAGUGCACGAAUGUGUGUGUGUGUUUUAAGUUUUAAUGUCACAUGCACACGUACAGUGAAAUGCCUUUUUUGCAAGC